AUGUCGGCUCCCACUGAGACAUCCGGCCACCCAUUGGCUUCACACGUCCAACAUCCCGAAGGCACAUCCACAUCUCAGCCAUCCUCCCUCCGCCGUAAACGUACCACUUCACAGUCAUCUGACGAGCGUGUCGGCGGCACCAAGUCAACUUCGUCUCGACGUCGUCCAGCUAACAGGAAAGAGGCAUCGCUGGGUCCCCAUACCGGCUCCUCCCGUGGCAAUAGCUCGACCAUGAAACGGUCCGCCAGUCCUUCUCACAUGCCACCGGAGUUGCCCACUGUCAAUUAUACAAGGACCGGUCGUAUCAGCAAAGCGAAGAAGGGUUUGAAGGUUCACAACUGCGAGUGUGGGAGGUCCUACACUCGCGCCGAGCAUCUCAGGCGACAUCAGAAAAACCAUGCGCCUACUCCCCUCCUCUGCGAAUACCCAGAAUGCGGGAAGACCUUCUUCAGACUGGAUCUGCUGCAGAGACACCAGGAGAGACACAAUGAGAUUGAAAAGGGCGUCCGCCGGAAUUCAUACGUUAGCCAGGGCACUGCCCCCGAUUCGGAACCUCAGGUCACCGCAUCCGUCCCUAUCACAACCCCAAUUGUAACCUCCUUUCCUCCGCAGCCAACUUCCUACUACCCGCAGACCGUCUCUCCACUCCCGGAGGCGACAACACCUCCAAGUCAUAUGAAGCAGCGUCCAUAUGUGUCGCGGCAAACAACCGUGACCAUCCCAGUUCAGGUCGACGAACUGGGAACGAGCAUUCCCUGGGCUGAUCCCUUCACCCAAUCCCCUAAUUAUUCGUCCUCGAGCGGCUACGCUUCUCCGAUUCCCGGCACCAGCGACUACACAAACAUGUUCGCGAACCCUCCCUACGGACCCGGCUCGAGCCGUACGCGCACCUCUUCGAACGCAUCAUUCGUCGAACCCUGGGGUUACCCUUCGCACUCCCCGGCCUCCGCGACGUCGACCAUGGCAUACGUAUGGCCUUCGAGUGAUAAGCCGGUGUCGGCUAGCCACCCCUAUAUUAAUGCCACAUCCUACCCAGCUGCGACCAUGCCUAUGGCGGGAGGGGAUCCGAUGGGGGAGUAUGCGCAGUUCGGCCCCAAGUCGAUGGCGCAAUGGGAUGAAGAGGAACAAGCGCAUCUGUUCCCCGAGCAGUCUUUCGGUAUGGGCCAACUCGCAAAUACUUUUCCGUUUGAACAAUAUCUUGACAAUUACUGGAGACUGCUUCACCCCUCUUUUCCCGUCGUCCAUCGACCUACCUUUGCCCGCCUAAACGAUUCGCCGAUGCUUCGUGCAGCAAUGAUCGCCAUCGGCGCCCAAUAUUCGUCCGAACCCAGCGCCAAACGCAGAGCCCGCAUUCUGCAUGAUCGAUGCUUGAAGCUAUUGGACAAGAGAGAUGUCGAGUUGUACGACCCUGAUCGACCCUGCGACCAUCAAGCCGUGUUCCUCAUCGAGGUCUUCUCUCAAUACCGAGCCCGACGGACGGCAAAGACCCUUUCGCCCCGGUUUCAGCGCCUGUACCAAAGAGUGGGUCUAUCCCUUUCUACUGCGAAAUCUCAACUGACAAAGGGGAAGCUCUCCCAAGAUGCCAGAGCCACGACAUCCAAGCUGGCCGAGACGCUCACAUCGCUCGGCCAUCGGCCAGAUGCUGACUAUGAAUCCUGGCAGCAAUGGAUCGACCUCGCCACCCAACAGCGCCUAUUCCUCUGCUGCUACAUCCUCGAAUACCAGCAGGCCGUUCUACUGGCUCGCCCACCGCAGCCUUCCAUGAUCGCGCUAACAGGCUACGAUCUACCCCUUCCUUGCCACUUCUCACUGUGGGAAGCAGAGACUCCGCUUGACUGGGCAAUGGCCGCACAGCAAUAUGCGCACCUGCCGACACAUGUCUUCGAAAUUGUGGCCGAUGUCAACUUCGAACCGUUGGACCAUUUCCAAUCUCUACUGCUGAUUGCCGCCUAUCACAAUCACUUCAAUGAUCCUGCCGUUUACCGCUCGCCCCGGACGCUGCCCGGAAUUGACCAUCUGGUGGAGAGCUCGCCGGCGACUAAGCAUGCGCUUCUCACUGCCCAACUCCUACAAGUCAUCCCAGUCCGCGCGCUCCUUGCAGUAUCCGGCGAGUCGUGGAUCCUCAGUGAGAAGGUCCCUUCGCCGGCAAUGUUCCAAUCCCUGAGGUCGACGCUGCGGGUCUGGCUUGCUGGACUCUGGGCUCCUAUAGCUGACAGCCAACCUCAACCUGCGAAAGAUGCCUUGAGGUUGUCAAUCGCAUUGCUACAGCAUGCUAUCAACGCGGCACCGGAGCAGCUCAGCCCCGAAAUAGGCUCAGAUAUGGCCCUAUACUUCGCGGUCCUUGUUCUUUGGGCGGUCACAGUCGGUUCGACCACUCGUCUUAACGCGUCGCAAGCCCACCCACAGUCUGUGCGGUAUGGGUCACACUCGCCGCUCACGUCCCAGGGAGCCGAUUGCAACUUUCCGGUACCGUCGGGUCAGCUCACUGCGAUUCCCACGUCGAUAGCACAAUCGCCGGCUCUCACACAUCCUGGAAGCGCCGGGUUUUCGAAUGCUUCUCUUACAGGGACUCAGCCCACGUGUAACAGUGUUGUAUAUACUGAUUGCUCCACGGCCUCACUUAACUUUCUUGAAAACGCGCUGCUCGAAUCCAGCCUGCUUGGAAUAGAAUCGCCAUGGCCGCGCGACGUCACCUUCUGGCAGCAGGGCUGCGGGGCGCUUCUGCAGUGGCUACAAGGGCACCUCCAUGACGGCGCAGUCGAAGGCCCUGACAGCGUAAUUGGGUCACUUCCAUCAUGUGCUGGCUCUGGCCGUGGAGGUGACGGGCUCGGUGAAGUCCUCGAUGGCGUCGUAGCCGUCCUUGAUAAGCUCAUGGGAAGAGGAUGGGAAGGCUGGGCUAUUUAA